AUGCCCACGUUGUUUGAUAAGGAUAAAGAUGUUAUGAAAAAAUGGGGUGCUCCAAACAAGAUUGACUUCCUCUCUCUUUCUUAUACAAGGCAUGCAGAAGAUGUGCGGCAAGCACGGGAGUUCCUCUCAAAGUUAGUUAUCUUAGCCAAAACUCUGAUUUUUGCCAAAAUUGAGAAUGUGGAGACUCUUAGCAUCGCUACGACGCUCUUCUUCAGUAUGACGGACAACCUAAGGCCUACUCGUCUGGAGGCAACUGAUGUGGCAAACGCGGUGCUGGACGGUAGUGAUGCCAUUCUCCUUGGUGUUGAGACUCUCCGUGGGUUGUAUACAAUUGAGACUAUUUCAAUAGUAUGCAGAAUUGGUGCUGAGGCUGAGAAGGUCUUCAACCAGGAUUUGUACUUCAAGCGAACCAUGAAAUACGUGGGAGAACCCAUGACCCACUUGGAGUCUAUUACUUCCUCUGCAGUGCGGGCUGCUAUCAAAGUUAAGGCUUCGGUCAUCAUUUGCUUCACCUCAUCGACAGGAGAAAAAGAAUGUCCACCAUGCCGUUCCUCGUCUAAAAAGAAAUCAAUUGAAGUGGAGCUUCACAAGCGCAUUUGA